AUGACGGUUCCAGUUGGACCCUUCCUAGCCCUGGGUUACAAGACCACAAGGGCUUCCACACAAUACAAAAUCAGGAACAUACAACGCUUAGAACCUGAUACCGAGCUUCGAAUCCUCACAUAUACCCACACCUCCAUCAACGUUUCCGGCAUUGUAGACCUCCUCGAGGCUUCAAAUCCAUCCCGACAAUCCCAGAUCUAUGUCAUCGCCGUCCAACUCGUGGAGCUCACCGGCCAAGCUUCGGCCAUGCUCAUCGUGCAUGACGCUUGCAAAGCUAACACAAAUCAUACCUGGGCCAACACCGAGGCACAACCUCAGUCAUUCACCUCUACAAAUGCCUUUGAAAGCUACGCCAAGGGAAGAGAAAACGUUUAUGUUCAAGCACUCACGACCGUUUCAGCCAACAACACCAUGCACGAGGACAUAUGCUAUCUGGCCGAGGAGAAGUGCAUCAACCUCAUAAUCAUCCCGUUCCACAUGCAAGCUAAUAUAGACGGCGCCAUGGAGGAUGCCAACCCUAGUUUGAAGGGCAUCAACAAUAACGUGAUCGAGGAGGCUCCCUGCUCCGUGGCGGUUUUUGUCGACCGCGGAUUUAGUAUGUCCCAUAUGACCGAGUCAUACAAGUACACCUCCCAGGCCUACAGCCACUUCGCCAUGUUCUUCAUCGGAGGGGCAGAUGACCGCAAGGCGUUAACGUAUGCAUGGAGGAUGGAAGGAAAUCCGAGGGUUAACUUAAAGGUUGUACGGUUUAUCGUUAUCCCAAAUAACAACAACAGAAACAACAACGACGAAAUUGAUCCAAAGUUAAUGGAAGACAGUGGGAGGGAGAGGCAAAUAGACAAGUUGUACGUGGAUGAGUUUAGGCUGAAGUCCAAGCACAACCCCAACAUACAAUUCUUGGAGGAGAAUGUGAAUAGCUGGGAACAAACUCUGAAUCUCAUAAGGGAGUUGCAGGGUGAAUAUGACUUGUACGUAGUGGGAAGACGGCAUGGAAGCACAUCACCGGCGAAGGCAUUUUCAAAUCAUUAUUUGAGCCAGACUGACGAUCAAUUGGGGACUCUCGGGGAAGCAUUAUUGACUUCAAGUUUUGCAAUUAAUGCAUCCAUUCUUGUAGUGCAGCAGGGGGCCGCUGUGGAUGAACCAGAGGAUGAAAAGGUUUCGGUUAUAUGA